GGUGGGGGGGCGGCAGUGGCAUUUCCUCUCCGCCCUCUGGUGGAUGCAUACAGCGGAACUCCUCACAGGCACCCCUCGCUUUACAUCGUUUUAGCGAGCCUUCUCGCCUCACGGACGUGUUAACUUCAUGUUAGGAUUCUUCUGGAAAAAAACCGAACCGGAAUUAAAAUGUGUUUCAAGAAAGUCGAUGUAGAAACUUGAAGAAGACUCGGCGAGGCAGUGCGCCUGGUGAAGACGCGCUGGUGGAAGUUUCGUGGGGACGCUACCAACUAAACGGAUUUUUUUGGAUUACUUUGUCCGCUUUCAAGGGUCAUCUCAAGCGGCACUUUGAUCUGGGCUGGGCAGGAGAGCAGCAAGAACCACCAAGGCCCUUCUGAGGCCAGACUUUCUGCAGGAUGGGCAGCUUUUCCAGCAAGGAGAGCCAUGGACUCACCGGGAACCAAUUGGAUAGUUUCCACACUCCUCCUGCUUCUCCACAAAGUGACGAACCUGGAAUUGUACUUGGUGCCCCCCGGCUCCUCCCCUCCAUAACACCGAAAUCUCCCAUUGCAGUUCCGUCUUUACCUCCUGUCUCGGUGCUCGCAUCCUCCAGCGUUAAGCGAUCGCAGCCAAGCUCUGCCAUUCCUCCACCUGAGUGGAGGCCUCCUCCACCUCGGCUCAACUCGGAGAGCUCGGCAACUGUCUCAGUAGUCAGUCCAGUGUCAACCAAGCCGGAAUGUACAUUAGCAGUGAAAGGACACAUUACCUCGGGCAGAAAUGGGGCUCCUUCUAUUUCUACGCCUCGGACUGUGGUCGCACAGGGCAAGUGUGCGCCAUUCAGCCCUGCAAAGAGCCCAUCGUCUACGUGUAGCUCCUCUCUGGCUGUGAGCAGCUCUUCCGGGCCAAAAUGGAGAGAAAGGGACGGCAGCCUGAGUCAGUCUUUCUCGCCUGGUCCAGAGGCCAGAGAUGUCCAGUCCAAGGAGCUGGAUAAGUUAUUGGACGAGUGUCGGAUAACAUUAGGUACCUCUGACAGUAAUGAUGGGCCCACGGAUGUCACAGAAAUGCUGAAACAUCUCCAGGCAGAGGUGAAGAAUUUAAAGAGCCAUAUGCAGAGUGAGCGGACGGAAUGGCUGCAAUUCCAGGCUGACCUUCAGGUUGCCGUGUCAGUGGCUGACCGACUAAGAGCCGAGGCCGAAGAGGAACUGACUGCGCUCCGAACGGCCCAUAAAGAUGUGGAGAGGGAACUGGCUGCUGCCCUGCACAGACAGAAGGAGACCGACAUGCAGCUUGUCACUUUGAGAGGGGAGCUGGAGGAGAGCAGGCAGAGGCUAGCUACCCUGAGUCAGACUCCAGACAAAACUAACGCCUGCGAAGGAGAGAAGACCGAACCUCUGAUGAACUCUGACAGCAGUGAGGGAAGCCAGAGGGGGAAGGAGAGAGGGGUGUACCGGCUAGCAGGGAGUGCGACUGACAGCGUUGUCAGGGAGGACUGUGUGGCUGUCACUAAGCGAUACCUGAGGAAUGUAACCAAUGAGGAAAGGAGGAGGGAAGAGAUGCGAUCUGGUGAGACGCGAAGAACAGCAGCCACUGAGAGGUCAAGAAGCCUGUCCCGAUUACCAGCGCACUCGGACUCCCUCACAUUACAGAAUGGAACUUCCCAGUCAACCGCCUCCACAACACUUGAACCAAAAAACAAAAAUUUGGUACCGCUUAGAGGACGAAGAAGCCUGGACCAACAAGAGAGCAGGACAAACACUGAUACAGGGAAACGUGAAGAAACUCUAAACAAGUAUAACUCAACCCUCUCUGACCUGCCACCAACCAAGUUCCAGGAUGGGUUCAACCUGCUCCUGCGUCGUCAUGGAGGCUCAAAGAGGAAUUCUCUAUUACGUUGGUGUCAGAGCCAAACCCAAGGCUACAAAAAUAUUGACAUUACCAAUUUUAGCAGCAGCUGGGUGGAUGGCCUCGCGUUUUGUGCCGUUUACCACAGCUACCUCCCCUCACGUAUUCCUUAUAGCAGCCUCAGCCCAGACGACAAGAGGCACAAUCUCAGUUUAGCAUUCAAAACAGGCGAGACUGUUGGAAUUGUCCAAUCUUUGACUGUUGAGGACAUGCUGCGUGCAGGUGGUCCUGACUGGCAAAUGGUCCUGAGCUAUGUGGAGAGCAUGUAUCGUCACUUUGAGAUGUAACUGAUGGAGGUACUAAAAGUCAGCCUUGUCUAUGAAAUUGUCAUCCAAGGGCAAACUAACUAUGACAGCAAAGAUGCUGGCUUGGCGCGUUUUUCUGUACUUGGGUUAUUCAGUGAAAGUUUACAACCUGUAUCCUUUUGACCUUAAAGUGAAGCAAAAGAUGAUCUUAUGUGAAGAAAUGUGACUUUGUUGAGACUGGCUCAUAUAAAAAGCAUUACGUUUUGGUGUAUAUGUCGUAUAAUGACACAUAAUGUUUGCCUUGUGUAUACUGAAUGUAUUUUUUUAAUUCAAGUUGUUUGUAAAACUGAAGGAAAAGGGUUGACUGUGUUGCAGUGCGAAAGCAUUAUUUUUAAAGUAUGUCUCAUCAAUGAGUUUUGUAAUUGUGAUUCACCUCUUAUCAGUCUGAGUCCAAAGUGUAAAACAUUGAUUCAUCCCAAUGAAUACAGUCUAAUUUAUUUAGGAAGUGCCAUAGGCUUGUGUUCAAAGUGAAAGUACAUUAUUGCACUACUAAUAGCCUGUUGGAAAUAUAAAGCACAUUUGUUGUAAACGCCGCCACACUGGUACUUAACUUACACAAGUACUGCAUGUGAAUGUUAUUGUAUACAUGCUAUGUUCUGACUUAUCAUUUCACGUUAAAUAUACAGUUGAGCCGAUACCUUUUUAUCAAUUGCCCAAUGUGCACUUAAGACCGGCACUUUAUCUAUCUGAGAAGCUAUUGUAAAUGUGGACUGCUGCUUUGGUCAUGCGUACACUUAUUUGGUUGCAGGAGCAGUGUCCAGGCCUGGCUGGUAAUGAUAAUGUAAUGUAAAAGAAUGACAUUGAAAGUUUCAUGACGUUAAAUACUCAGGAAUGUGCAUUCGAGGGGGGCAAAUACAUAUAAUAUACAAGGCGGCACAGGAUUGCAUAUCCAUCACACUAAUACUUAGACAAAUGCCUUUCUGAGACUUCUUGAAAGUGGACUUUGUACUCCUUAUAUGUACAUGCCAAAUAUUUGACAAACCUCCUCGUAAAAUGUUAAUAUGUAACUAGUGUUAAUACCAAAGAAUAAAAUGUUGACAUUAACUAAAUGUAAAA